AUGAGCACCAACCUGCUGUUUGUUCCCUACAGGAAGACGGAGCGUAUCGAAUUUGGUGCUGCUAUUCGUGACAUUAUCUCUAAGGAAUACUACCAGACACCAUCAGCUUUUGAAGGCGACAUCCGUGAAGUUGAUACAUUGAGGGGCGAUAUCAUAGAUCUUGGCUCUACGCCUCAUGAUUUGGCACUGCUGAAGCGAUACUAUGUUCACCUCUGUGCGUUAGAGGGCAAGUUUCCCAACGAUCUGGUGGAGUUCCCAUGGUAUGGUACGUUGGGGUACCGCGUAACAGGGCCUGUGAAGUUGAAGAGUUUCUUCUUUGAGAGGCUAAACGUCCUGUAUAACAUUGCGUCGUUGUAUACCCACAUGGCACUGGAGCAGGAUAGAAAGAAUGAUGAAGGCCUCAAGAAGGCAUGUCUCUACUUCCAGUAUGCUGCAUCCCAUUUUGCCUUGAUCGUUAAACUAUCAGAGAAGGAGACAAGUGUGACGUUGCCGUUGGACAUGCAGAAAGAUACCAUUGAGACGCUCAAGUUCUUGAGUCUUGCCCAAGCACAAGAAGUGUUCUGGCAGAAGGCAACCGCUGACAAGGUGAAAGAUUCUCUGGUGGCAAGAUUAGCCAUGCAGGUGAGCGAUUUCUAUAAUGAAACGCUUCAAUCUGCGAACCGUGGUGAAGGUUUCAGGACAGAGUGGAUCAGCCACAUAACAGUGAAGAAGGCACAUUUUGAAGCAGUAGCCAACUUUAGAGCAUCGCUUGCAUCUGUGGCUUCGUCCAAGUAUGGCGAGGAGGUAUCCCAUCUUCAAAGAGCGCAAAAUGUCAUCAACGGAGUAUCACCGAAUCUAAAAUUUGUAUCACAGGCAGUUGAACAAGACUUUGAAGGUCUCACGAAGAUCAUUUCUGAGACUUUAAGAACAGCAGAGAAGGAUAACGACUUGAUUUACUUACAGGACGUUCCACAAACUCCCCCACGAAUCAUCAGUGCCAAUGUUACCAAAGAUCUCCCACUUGACGAGAUUGUCAAGCCAGCUGAAGCCCUGAAGACCGGUAGCUAUGGAAAGCAGUUGUUCCGUGAUCUUUUGCCAUUUGACAUCAUACAGAUCUCUCAAGCAUAUCGUGAACGUCAAUCUGAAUAUGUCCAGCGUCAUUUGGCGGUGCCUAUUAAGUCACUAACAAAGAUGUUACACGAAUUCCUCUUUAUGAGGAAUCUUCCUAGUGCAGUUGAGACUGUUGACAAACCAUUAGCCCUUCCAGUAUCAUUGCUGGACCAUCAACAAGAGGUAAAGACCAAAGGAGGUGUUGUCAAACUGAAACGUGCUCUUAGAGACAUUGAGAAUCUAUCAAUGGAUGGUGAGAGGUUGCUUGCCGGUGCCAAUGAUCGCCUGAAACUUGAAGCAGAAGAGGAUGAGCUCCUUCGUCAAAGACAAGGCUCUAAACAUUGGACUAGAGAGCCAUCUGCAACUGCAGCUGCUCCAUUCUAUCAGCGCAUCAAAGACCUAGAGAACUAUUUAGCACAGGCAAAAAAUGGUGAUAAGACAAUAAGAGAGCAGUUUAAUUCUAUUGAGUCACUUCUUGUUGUUUUGGCAUCCUCAGAAGCUGAAAUACGCAAUUAUAUACCGAAUUCAAAGGCUCGUCAACUGGAUCCAUCUUUGAGACGAGUUGUUGCUGAAUUAAAAGAGUGUCUUUCAAAAGCUCGCAAACUGGAGUUUGAAAGAGACAACUUUCUUGAGGUGGUGGAAGUUAAGAGUGAACAGUAUAACAUAUUACCAAAGAUCGUCUCGGAAUACAAAGCCAUGCAACAAGACUUGAAAGAUGUGAAACUGGACAUGACAUCAUUUGAGCCCGUUUUUGGAAAGCACAUCAAGAAUUUCCAGAGUGAUCUUGAUUUCCUUGAAUCGCAAAAGAAGACUCAAAUAGAGUUAGAGCACAAGAUCGACGACCUUGACAAGAAGUUUAAUCACAUGAAUAGUUUGCAAGGCUCAAAUGAUGAUAGGGCCAAGGUCUUGAAGAAUUUGGACUUUGCUUACAACUCUUUUGUUGACCUUUUGAACAAUGUUUCACAAGGUUUAAAGUUCUACAAUGAUUUUAACGCUCGUUGUCAAGGUUUAAUCCAAGAAAUUGAUCAAUUUGUUUCUAAAAGACGUGUUGAGGCUCGUGAUAUGGAGGCUGAGUUGAAUAACAGAUUCCAAGAUAUGAAGCUGAACUCUUCACCUCAAAAAGAAACACCAAAAGAUAACAUCACCAUUCAACGUCCGCAAUCACCAGCGUUGAUAGCACCAAAGGCCAAACCCGCAAAGUCUAAGAGUGGAUUGUGGAAUCCAGACAGUGGUAUCAAGUUCAAUUGA